AUAUUUCGAGUUGACUUAUCGACUGCAGCUAUGAAGGUUCUGUGUUUAGUGGUGUUGGCAGCGGUAGCUACCGGACAGCAGUUCCAGCAGCAAGAGCAAUAUGCCACCGCUGUCAGGCUAGCCAUACCCGGGUAUUUCCAACAGUCUGGUGUAUCUUCCUCAAAUUCUUUCCAAAACGAUCGCUUCCAAGAGAGUUCAUUCCAGUCUAACGUUCAGAACAGUCAGAGAUCCGGUGUUCAAUCCGUGAACAGCCAACUCACUACUUCAGGAUCUCCCCAGACGAAUGAACAGUUUGGAUUCAACACUGGCAACAACAACAACCAGUUCCAGAGCAGUGGAUUCCAACAGAAUCAACGAAAUCGGUUGGACUCGAGCAUUUCACGACAAGAACAAAGCAAUUUCGGAACAAGUAGCUUCCAGAAUGCUGAUCGUUUCCAAGGGAAUGAUAACCUGCAGAAUUCGAGAAAUGUUUUCCAGACCAGCGUAAACAACUUUAACACUGAGGAGGCCAAUGAGAGGAAUACCGCAACUUCAACCGGUUUCCAAGUCGAUUCUAACCUAAGGAAUGCUGCUUCCAACUUCCAGGCUAAUAACCAGGGAACUUCUUCAGCAACUUCCAUAACAACCAGCGCACUUUGGCAACUUCCAGCGAAGUUCUUCCAGCAACUUCCAGCUAAACAACCAACAAUCUUCAACAACUUAGCUAACAACCAGCAAGCUCCCAACUUCCAGCUAACAACCAACAAGGCUUCCAACACCUUCCAGGCUAACAACCAGCGAAGUUCUUCCGGCAAUUUCCAGUCCAACUUCAACCAAGGAACCUCCAACAACCGCUUCUCGCAAAAUUCUCAAUCUCUGGCCAGUUCCCUCGUCGGGUUGUCUUCCUCCUCCAGCGGCGCCGUCGAUGGAGUCUUCGAGCCCCUGAACCUUCCCUCGGGCGCCAGUGCUCUGCUGGGGAGCAUCUCGACCUCCUUCAGCUGCCUCGACCGCCCCUACGGCUACUACGCUGACCGGGAGAAUGCGUGCCGCGUCUUCCAUGUGUGCUAUCCCGCGCUCUUCUCCACCGGGGCCGUCGAGACUACAGUACACUUCAUGUGCGGCGAGGGUUCGGUGUUCGACCAGAAGGAGCUCACCUGUGUGGCAGAGUCGUCCGCCAUCCCCUGCCAGGAAUCCUCCAACUACUUCUACACCAACGAGCAGUUUGGACGCAUCGAAGAGAAGGUUUUCUGA